UUAACUGAUCGCGGACUGCUCGUAUAAACAUUGAGAACGUUCACUGCGUGGAUCAUGCAUAAGACCGAUUAGGAUUUUGUUAAAAUGUCACGUGUUAUGCAGGCAUGGAAAAAGAAGACAAACGCUCGAUUCGACUGCUGGACGAUCGAGAAAAUAGCAUUUUUUUACAAAUCUUUUAAAAGAACGAUUUCCAACAAUUCGACGGGCAUCGACAUCGAGAAAUUCUGUGAUGGAAUCGUUGAAUGUGAUUCAGAAGUAGCGCGUGCCAUUUGUGAGCAUACUGAGAUUGUUAGGAGCCAUAUGACGCCAGAGAUCCAACUAUUUCUUUUAACUCCCAACUGUAAUUUAUACCACGCGCAAUACGAAAGAAUUUCAGAGUCGAAAGGGAUAAAGAGAAGCGUUUUCUUGGAACCUUUUUGGUCGAUUUAUUGGCCAGGUGGACAGGCUCUCGCUAGAUUUGUACUGGACGAAGGAAGAACGCUUUUUGAAUGCUCGAAGGAAAUUUUGGAUCUUGGAGCUGGAUGUGGUGCCACCGCUAUUGCUGCGAAGCUCGUUGGCGCCGACAGGGUUGUCGCCAACGAUAUCGAUAGAGUUGCCUGCACAGCUAUUUCCAUGAACGCUAUUCUGAACCGCGUGAAUGUCAAAGUAUCUCAUCAAAACCUGUUAUAUGAAUUGCCCGAAAGGACAAUUGACGUUAUUUUCAUUGGAGAUAUGCUGUACGACGCAGAAAUUGCUGCUACUUUAAUUCCGUGGCUCGAAAAAGCGCGCAAUAAUGGGACGAGGAUUUAUCUGGGAGAUCCAGGAAGACACGGUCUGACGGAGGAUUUGAAGAAACGUCUGAAAGUUCUGAGACGUUACCGGUUGCCAGAGAAUGUACAGAAAGAGAAUUACGGUUACGACAGUUGCAACGUUUGGGAGUUCUGCGGAUAACGAGUAAACGAUUAUAUAAUACGUCGAAACUCGGUGUACCUAUCUUUGAUUCGCUAUUACUGUUGCAGUCACGUUUAUAUAUAUAUAAUCAUGUUGCUACAGUUACACGUGAAACGUACAUAUAUUCAUUUGUCGUGCGGUGACAAUAACGCCAUGGGUCUGAUUUAUGCAAAGUGCUAAGAAGAUUAUGAAACGACGUGAUAAACGUGAUCAUAGCGAGCAUUGCCUGCUGCGUGACUUGCACAUGUGCUUCAUCUUAUGUAUACAGUAAUAUUUACGUUCGUUUUACGUACAGAGUAAUGUUCAAUCAUCGCUAUUUGUUGUACGAUUAUUUAUCUGAUACGGUAUAGUACAACGUUUCGUUUACUUUGCCUGCUUCUUGAAGCAGAGGUAGAAGGAAAGUCGAUCCUUAUUUCCUGGGAAGGGAGAAGCGGAGGCGAAAGAGAGGAAACAGGGUUACGGCGCUGAUUAUUGAGAAAGCCGAAACUUACGAAGAAGAGAAAGAUUUUUUCUGACGCACGAAUGGAUAUCUCUGAUUCGAGUAAACUCGAUAAAUUCCA